UUUUCCCUACCUAUUUGUGACUCUUAUAACCCUCUCAAGUAAAAACGUCGCCAUAAAAUUUAAUGUUAUGUCACAGACAGCAAUAUUUUAUUUUACAGCGGAGAUUGCAAUCUAUAAUCACGAUCCACUCGAUUCACGAUCCACGACCAUUAAUGAUAACCGUGCAAUUAUCUCCCAGCCGAGUCUGCAAAAUGUGUGAAAGCAUCUGCCCACUGAGAAAAACGUCAAAGGCCUCCCGAUUUUUCCGUCUUGUCCCUUUCACACUUUCCUCUUCUCCCUCGUCGUCAGAUCGUUUCAUAGAUAACUCGCGGAGAAGACGAGAACAUUUUUCUCGCUUAUUACGUCACCACUGUAUGCUCGGAGGAUUCGCUCCUGCCAUCAUUCAGUCGCGCGAACUCGAAGCCGCAGGGAUCUUCGCAGGAUGUCGUCCUUCAUGUUGCAGAGGAGAUGGUGCGAUCUUCUGUGUCUGCUGUGCUAUCUGGUCGCGCAACAUCGUGCCGUCGCGGAUGAUAUCAGGCCUUACGAGUUCUCCUUCAACAUUGUCGAUUUUCAGCAUAGAUUUGAGAAGAAAGACGCCGAGGGACUCAUUACCGGGGAAUAUGGCUUUAUCACAGCCGAUGGUGUCUACCACGAGACUGGAUAUAAGACCGACAAAAAUGGGGAUUUUAUUAUCACAAAACAAAGGAACCGAAAAAUAACGAGUCUGAAGGACGCGCAAGAGAUAUUCAAGGAUAGACCGGAAGCAGCGAAGAAAUUAAUCGAAGCCAUAAUGAAGGCCUGCAGCGACUGUAAAAUACCAAUAAAGCAAGAAAACAAUCGACCAAAACCUGUGAAGACAGUCACGGAAUCACCGCUGCAGAAGAAGAUGGAGCCGAUAUUGAAGCGGAUGAUGAAGAUAUUAACAGUCAAUACGUCUAUUAAGAGUUUCUCAGAGGAGAAAAAUAAGUUUAUCAAAAAGGAGGACAUCACGAAAAGUAUGGUGCGAGCUGCGAAAAAAUUGCUAUCCGAAGAAGAUAAACUCACCGUGAAUGAUCGAGUCCUGGAGAAAAUGGCAGACGAUCUGUAUUAUCAGUUCAACUAUACGAUAACGUCGCACGGCCAUCACGAGGACGGCUAUCGCAGCGGAAGGAAGAACGGUAGCUAUCGGUCUCCAAAUAAAAAUGGUAUCGACACACAAGUGAGGUAUCUGUCAAAUGAAUUCGGGCAUCAGCCCAACAUCACGUUCGUUCCGCAGACGUACGUGGCUGAUGAGAAACACGGUCUCAAAGGAUACUCGUUUCGUUGGUAUUGGUCGUAAAUUCGCAACUUUAUAUAAACUUUAUAACGCGAUUUUACUUUAAUCAAGAUUUAUUACUUAUAAAUAUGCUAACAUUUAUUUAAAUAGUAUGAGCCACGUCUAGAAAUGCAUAAGUUUCCAUUUUUGAGGUUUAUCAUUACUUGAGACAAAAAUUUA